AUGGCGCGGGCCUCGGCCCCUGUGGCCCCUGUGGUGCCCGUGGCCGACGUGGCGCUGCCCGAGCCCUGCGUGGUGCUGCUGCGCUCGGCGCUGACGGGGGAGGACUUGGGGUCCUUCCAGCUGGAGCAGCGCACGACGCUGCUUCAGCUGAAAGAGAGUGUGGCAAAAACCACCGAGGUACCGACUUUUCACCAGAACUUGAUGUAUAAGGACCGACGGUUGACCAGGAAGACUCCGGAACUACUAGAGGAGAUCUUGCGUCUUCCUGAGGUGGUCCUUACCUUGCUAAAAGAUGCCUCAGUGUCGAAUGUGGCUGGAACACACCUGUCGAAAUAUCCCAAUUGUCUGUGCACACCUGGUCCCAACGAAGCGUGUUGGGGAUACCGAGAAUGUGUGAAACAGCAGUGUCCGCAGUGUGAAGAGAUGAUCGACGAGAAGCCGAUUACAGUGACGGAGGGUGGCCGACUGAAUGGUGACGCCUAUGGCUGGGAUUUUCUCACCUGCCCCGAGUGCGGAUUACGGCAGAAGCACGGCUGGGAUGACCACGACUAG